GGCCGGGGUCAGCUGACGGCUCGCCGCCGGUGACCCGGUUCGCGGACGGGCAUCGCGGAGGGGAGCGAUGGCGCGGGCACAGCCGAGCGGACCCCGGGCCCCGCUGCGCUGCCGGGCGGGCCGCCGGGGUCAGCUGCUCGCGGCGAUCUCCCUGCUGCUGGUGUCGCUGGCGGGAUCCCGGGCCAGGGUGGAAGAUGACUUCAGCCUGGUGCAGCCGCUGGUGACCAUGGAGCAGCUGCUGUGGGUGAGCGGGAAGCAGAUCGGCUCGGUGGACACUUUCCGCAUCCCGCUCAUCACCGCCACCCCUCGGGGCUCGCUCCUCGCCUUCGCCGAGGCCCGGAAAAAGUCUGCCUCCGACGAGGGAGCCAAGUUCAUCGCCAUGAGGAGGUCCACCGACCAGGGUAGCACAUGGUCCUCUACAGCCUUCAUCAUAGACGACGGGGAGGCCUCCGAUGGGCUGAACCUGGGGGCCGUGGUCAACGAUGUGGACACAGGCGUGGUGUUCCUUAUCUAUACCCUCUGUGCUCACAAAGUCAACUGCCAGGUGGCCUCCACCAUGUUGGUGUGGAGUAAGGAUGAUGGCGUUUCCUGGAGCCCGCCCCGGAAUCUCUCCGUGGAUAUUGGCACAGAGAUGUUUGCCCCGGGACCAGGCUCUGGCAUUCAGAAGCAGCGGGAGCCCCGGAAGGGCCGGCUCAUCGUGUGUGGACACGGGACGCUGGAGCGGGACGGCGUCUUCUGUCUCCUCAGUGACGACCACGGUGCCUCCUGGCACUUCGGGACCGGCGUGAGCGGCAUUCCCUUCGGCCAGCCCAAACACGAGCACGAUUUCAACCCGGACGAAUGCCAGCCCUACGAGCUUCCCGACGGCUCGGUCAUCAUCAAUGCCCGGAACCAGAACAACUACCACUGCCGCUGCAGGAUCGUGCUCCGCAGCUACGACGCCUGCGACACCCUCCGGCCCCGCGAUGUGACCUUCGACCCCGAGCUCGUGGACCCUGUGGUCGCAGCGGGAGCAGUGGCCACCAGCUCGGGCAUUGUCUUCUUCUCCAACCCAGCCCAUCCUGAGUUCCGAGUGAACCUGACCCUGCGCUGGAGCUUCAGCAAUGGCACGUCCUGGCAGAAAGAGAGAGUCCAGGUGUGGCCAGGACCCAGCGGCUACUCGUCCCUGGCCACCCUGGAAAACAGCACGGAUGAGGAUGGAGAGCAGCGGCCCCCGCAGCUGUUCCUUCUGUACGAGAAAGGCCUGAGCCGCUACACCGAGAGCAUCUCCAUGGUCAAAGUCAGCGUCUACGGGACGCUCUGAGCCCUGCCGUGAGGACGCCAAGUCCUGGACUCCGGCUUCAUGGCCCUCCGGGGGCUGCCUGAAACCCAGCUCGUGCUCGGACUCUGGUCUUUUGCAGAAGCAAUUUCUCUUUGACAGGGUUAACGGCCCAGCCUCCUCUCCCAGCCAGGAAGUCCCUUCCUCCCCAGGAGCAGUUUCCAGAAUGCUGGGGAUAGCCCUGUCCCCUCUCUCAGGACAGUGGAGGUGUUCCUUUCUGGGACAGGAUGGGGGUGAGGAGUUGUCCCCUGGAGUGUAAUAAAUAUGAACCCAGGGAACUGGCCGGCCAUCCUCCUAGGGUUUGGAAGCAGGUACAAGAUCUGAAGAGGAUUGCUUAAAGUCCCCAGGGCAGGACGCCCUUUCAGAGUACAGGUAGACACACACACCCUUGAUUAUUUAUAAAUCAAAAUAUUUGUAAUUUAAGAUUUUUAAUGAAGGAGAAAAAGCGUUUGUGGAGUCUGUGGUUCUGUCCACUCACACCUUCCUGACUGCCUCAGGGACACUGGUGAGAUAGGAGUGAGGUUCGGAGAGAGACUGGUCCACUCAUUGCUUGGGAAGCAGAACCCGGUCUGUCGAUCAAACCCCACUUGCCCAUUGACAGUCCUCCCUGCCCUCUUCAGUGUCCGGGAGUACCAGGGAGCUGUUUGGGGUAUUUUGGUUGGUUGGUUUGGUUUUUCAAGACAGGGUUUCUGUGUAGCACUGGCUGUUCUGGAACUCACUCUGUAGCCCAGGCUGGCCUUGAAUUUACAGAGAUCUGCCUGCCUCUGCCUCCUGAGUGCUGGGAAUAAAGGCGUGUGCCACCACUGUC